CGCUUGCGCGGCUCUUCGCUGCUGGCUGAUGGAUGCUGAGCGUCGCUUCGUCGCUAGUGCCGACACGGCCUGCUCCUUCGCCUUAGUCUCUUCAUUCCCGCUUCGCUCAAAACUAUGAGAAGAAAGUCCAGAAUUCUGCUGUGCUUCGCCUUCCUCUGGGUAUUGGGGAUCGCUUAUUACAUUUAUUUGGGCAGCGGGACGAACCGGAAGGAUGAGUGGAAUUCUAUAGAUCCAAGUAAGAGAAAAAAUGGUCAGAACAGUAAAGCAGAAGGAAAAGCACAGAAUGUGGAGACAUUACCACCUGGGAAGGUGAAGUGGCAAGACUUUGAUCAGGAGGCUUACAUUGAGGCCACUUUAGUAAAGACGGGACAGGAUCCAUAUGCACGGAAUAAGUUUAACCAGCUGGAAAGUGAUAAACUGCGGAUGGAUAGAAAUAUUCCAGACACCAGGCAUGAUCAAUGCCGGCGGAAGCAGUGGAACACUGACUUAAUAGCAACCAGUGUAGUCAUCACCUUUCACAAUGAAGCGAGAUCAGCAUUGCUUCGUACGGUUGUCAGUGUUCUUAGAAAAAGUCCACCACAUCUUAUCAAAGAAAUCAUUUUGGUUGAUGAUUAUAGUGACAACCCUGAAGACGGCACUUUGCUGUCAAAGAUUGAGAAGGUCCGAAUUCUUCGAAACAACAGACGUGAAGGGCUAAUGCGUUCACGUGUCAGGGGAGCUGAUGCAGCACAAGCAAACAUCCUUACAUUUCUUGACAGCCAUUGUGAAUGCAAUGAACACUGGCUGGAACCCCUCCUGGAGAGGGUGGUUGAGGAUAAAACUAGAGUUGUUUCUCCAAUAAUUGAUGUAAUCAACAUGGACAACUUCCAGUAUGUUGGGGCAUCUGCUGAUCUAAAAGGCGGAUUUGACUGGAAUCUGGUCUUUAAAUGGGAUUACAUGACUCCAGAACAAAGACGAGCUCGUCAGGGUAAUCCAAUUGGCCCAAUUAGAACGCCCAUGAUAGCUGGGGGUCUUUUUGUGAUGGAUAAAGGUUACUUUGAAGAGCUUGGCAAAUAUGACAUGAUGAUGGAUGUCUGGGGUGGAGAAAACUUAGAGAUCUCUUUUCGGGUGUGGCAAUGUGGAGGCAUCCUUGAAAUCAUUCCCUGUAGCCGGGUAGGCCAUGUAUUCCGCAAGCAGCAUCCGUAUACGUUUCCUGGAGGCAGUGGUACUGUUUUUGCAAGAAAUACACGCAGGGCAGCUGAGGUCUGGAUGGAUGAAUUCAAAAAUUUCUAUUAUGCAGCAGUGCCUUCAGCUCGUAAUGUGCCAUUCGGCAACAUUCAGAGCAGAUUAGAACUGAAGAAGAAACUGGCUUGUAAACCAUUUAAGUGGUACUUGGAAAAUGUUUAUCCUGAGCUAAGGGUCCCUGAUCACCAAGAUAUCGCUUUUGGAGCUUUACAACAAGGUUCCAAUUGCCUAGACACACUGGGACAUUUUGCGGAUGGUGUUGUGGGUGUCUAUGAAUGUCACAAUGCAGGGGGCAACCAGGAAUGGGCACUAACAAAAGGCAAGUCGGUGAAACACAUGGAUUUGUGCCUUACUGUGGUAGACCAGGUUGCUGGUUCUCUUAUAAAGUUGCAAGGUUGCAGAGACAAUGACAGCAGACAGAAAUGGGAACAAAUUGAGAACAACUCGAAACUAAGGCAUGUGGGCAGCAAUCUGUGUCUUGACAGUCGGAACACCAGGAGCGGCGGACUUACUGUAGAAGUCUGCAAUCCAUCCCUUUCACAACAGUGGAAAUUCACACUUAAUUUACAGCAGUAAUACAUCUGGACCAUUACAUUUGGAACUUUCAAUGUGGACAAUAUUUAAAUUGGUAAAUCAAGUUUGCAUUCAACCAUAUACCUCGAUUUUUGAAAGAGUUCCAUAUUACAUCUUUUUUUGAAUUGUUGGUUUCAGUUACUCUGUAUCUAGAUAUAUUUCUUUUCAUUUAGCAAAGUCGCAUCUCCCUCCUUCUGAUCUUAAAUAGGACGGUACACACACUUCCAUCCCAGCAAGAACCAUUUCAGUCCUUCUGUUGUGGAAGUUUCCCAAAUAUGGAUUUUUGUUCUAUAGGAAAUGCACUGCACUGACAAUGAAGGCUGCUUAUGAGCACAAAACAUCUGCGUCUCUGAAGAAGAUGGUGUCCAGCUCUGUAGUGUUUCAGAAAUUACAUUAUUUAGUCUUUUUAUGAUUAAUUUUUGUAUCAACUGUUGUCCAAAUGCAAAGUGACUUUUUUCUGAUGUUCGGUUUUCACUGCAGUGUGUGCAGACUCCAUAACGUUAUAAUGGGUUUUGUAAGCCAAGAAGAAUUAAUUGAACAAAGAUAAAGAUGUAGGAAAGUGAAACAAUAUCCAAAAAAAACAAGAACCAUAUGCUGUACGUGCAUUUGGUAUGUCUUUGUUAUGUUCAGCUAAACCUCAGCACAUUUCUUAAUUCUUUCUGUGCUUGGGGUAGGUGGGAGGGGGUGUAACCCUGUAAUUGCAAGGCACAAACACAUUGCUAGUUGUUAUUUAAUGGAUCAAAGACAAUUCAAAGGUAUUUUAUAUUUAUUAUGUAAGUAGCUGUGUUAAGUGACUGUAACGCACCAACAUCAUUCCUUUUGUUCAUGAUUCCAGCCUGCACUUUCUGUAAAACCAUCCAACAAUUCACCCGCUAGCUUAUUCUGCAUUGACUUUUUCAAAGCAGUGUCUAACGGGUGCCUUGCUUAUCACAGGCCAAGUAACAACAAAGUCAAAUUUCUAGGCGAUCACAGUGCAAUGGCAGGAUUUUUUUCAUUUUAUUUAUGCCUGUCAUUUGAAGGCUUAAGAGAAAUUCUUAUAAGAUAAUUGCUUAGUGAACUGAAAGCAGUAGGCAACUUAGAAAGAAAACAGUUUGUGUGCCUCUGCCUCCCACGGUCUCCUCUGGUAACAAGUAUUUCUCUCUUAGUAUCAAUUUUCUGUAAAGUCUUAUUCCAUUUAUAUUUAUUUAGUUUAUCAAAUUGAUGACUGUCUUGUCAGGUUACACAGUUUUAAGAUUUAGUGACCACAAUGCAAUAAAAGUGUCUGGCACAGUCAGAAUAUCAAUGGAUGAUUAAAAUAAGAAAUGUCUAUCUCUCUCUCUUCACUUUCUCCCCUGCCCCCCCAAUGUGUCUUUCUCUCUCUCCCUUGCCAGCUAUAUCUUUGUCACUUACUUGCUCUAUCUCACCUCAAUCUCUGCUUUUUUCACUCUUCCAUGUUUUUGUUUAUGUGAAAGGGCAGACAAUGAUUUUAUUACCAGCUUUAAAAGCAGAAACUGUACACAUCGUGAAACUUCCAAGUUCGUUCUUGGAAAGAUAAAUUUUACUGCUGCUGAACAUGGGGUUUGAUGUUAUUUUUCAAAUAAAAUGUUUACAUGCCACAGUGUGCCAAAGUUCAUUCUGUAGAAGAGCUUCAUCUUUUUCACUUAUAAUUUCUAAGUCUUGGAAUUUAAUUACUAAAAGUAGUUCCUCCUCAAAAAAAAUCCCAUUUUCCUUUGCAACUCCCAAAAUGCGAAGGGGAUCAGUGGAAGGAUGGAGAACCCUCCAAUUCCACAAUGUUUAGGUUGUCUCCAAAUAACAUUGGACUUGCUUUUGCUCUGAAGUGACUUGUAACUGUAUUGAUUUUUUUCAAUGUAAAAUCCUGUAAUUUCUUUUAAUUCCCAAUUCUUAAGAGUGAUUUUUGUAAAGAGUAACGUUAGUGUUGUGCGCAAUAAUGUCACUGGAAUGUUGAAAAGUGACAAGUGUCAUCAGUUCAUAAAAAUGACUCUUCUCGCAUUUUUUCUCACUAAUCUACAAAGCAUGAUCUUGCUCAUACUUUUUAUAGAUGUGAUGGAAGGCAUCUUUGAAAAUGAAUUAACUUUAAUAAACUUUAUACCUUUAAA